AGUAAAACAGAUCUAUGACAAUGACAACCCUUCGUAAAAGAAAACUCCUAUCCCUUGUUUCCAGGUAUGAUUUCACCCUCUAUAUAAACUACCUUUCGCCUUGUUACAGACACUCCUUUUUCUUUUUUUUUUUACAACGCAUGUUUUUCUACGCUUGCGCAUGAUAAACAACAAUUACAAAUAACAUAAUUCUAUAUCAUUUAGCAACGCGUCGCGUUUUAAUGAAAUCGUUGGAAUCCACUGGACACGAAAAAAGAAAACGCGUUCACGCUUAUUGCUCCUUCAAUUUCAGCCGCGACGCGUCGCGACACGAACGCGGUACUUCAUAUAUAUAAACAUUGCAAGGGGCGUUUCAGGGUCUUUCUUCAGCAGACUUUGCGUCAGUUGCUUCAACAGCACUUGCAAAUCCACUAAAGAAACUUCGUCAAGUGUACGCUGUUCCCUUUGUUUGUUGACAUCCUUCCGCCCGGAUUAUGCCAAACGUAUGAAACGUAUUUGAGCGAUUUCUUUAAACAUUAGGUAUUUAAGGUAAUUCAUUGAAGUGUUUUAAGUUAAAUUUCAUUCCUUUGUUUCACUCCCCCGCAUCUUUCUUUGUUAGUUCGUCCUAACAUUACAUUUCCUUAUCUAAAUUUUGGUGCGUUUCCAAGAAGGACUCUGUUUUGUUUUUACUCUCUUCCUCUUUCCAAUCGUUUCUAUAAUUUUAAUAUCUUUCAUUUUCUCCAAUGGCUUCAGUUACAGAGAAUGAGUUCUCACUUCCUUCUCCACUCGCCUCGUCUCCUAGUACUUUUCAUAAGAAAAGCUGGAUGUCGAAGCAUCCCAAUGGCUCUCUUAACGUAGGGAAUCCUCCUAUAGGUCAAUUCGUUUUGACUCCGGAGCCUUCCAGUAAUACAUUCUAUCAACCAUCGUCACCCAUCUCCGCCGUGAAAAGGGAACCUUUGACGCCCAUGUCUUAUGUGAAAAUGAGCGUGUCUCGCGUUAUCAAGAUCGGACGCUCUUCCCAACAAUGCGACCAUGUCCUUUCCACAGCUGACAAGGCUAUUUCACGUGUUCAUGCAAUCGUUAUAUGCACGCUCGACCGUAUGAUCGUUGAGUGUGUGGGCUGGAACGGUAUGAUCCUUACCGACUCUCUUCGUAAAGCCGUAUAUCAUAUGAAAAAGAAUGACCGCGUCGUUUUGUUUCGUCCAGGACUUGAUAGUUGUCCCAUACUGGAUGUGUUUGGGUAUCGAAUGCUACUGGGCUGGCCCGAAGACCCUUUCGAUACCGAAGGAGAAAACUCGGAUUAUGACUACGCAAAUGAAAAUGAAGCACCGAUGUCCCCAUCGACUCGCGGACACCUUCCUCUGUUGCCUUCUUCUCCUCCUCAAGAGUUCGUUGCUGAUCCUGAACUUUUUGCUGCUCAGGCAUUGACCAAAGCAAAUUCCAAAAAUUUUCCAAGCACUCCUAUCGAAGAAAGUGAGUCUACACGGAAAAGAAAUAUGCUGGAAAGACUUAUUCAGGUUGGAAUGGAAGACGGAAAAGUCAAUCCACAUGCCACUCACGAACAAGUUGACAUGUCUAUGAUGAAUGAAUCAAUAGCCGAGACGGAAAAUGAAGUGCCUCAUCUCGACGCUAACCCCAACACCGAAUUCUUUAGCUCUGAAUCAAACCAUGCACACCAAGACAUCCAGGUAUAUCAAGACGAAGAAGAGCAUGACAAUGAGUUCUACAAUAGCAUAGUGCCAACACCAGAAGAACCUAUUGUUGUUCGCCAUGAUAGCAUGGAUGAAAGCGGUGAAUGUUUGGCGAACAGAGAAAACGUAAAGAACCUUAUUGCAAACGCGGAAAUGGAGGACAAUCAAGAACCUCCUACUGCCAUUUUACAUGUUUCACCAUACGUUAAUGAUGAAAAUGCAAAGACCAUGACUCCUAACACUAAUGACGAACAAAAUGCUAAUUUUUCUACUUGUGUGCACGAAAACGGCGAUUCUACUGAGUCUUCUGAUAAUUAUGUUGAGUCCUCAAAGGAAAAUUCUGCUCCCGAAAGCUUAUUAAUGGGACUCAUUUUGGAUGAGUUGGUUUUUUCUACUACUUCUACAACGGCAUUGACAGUGCUUGCUCACUUGUUUCCAAGUGGUAUGCCUUUGGCUGCCGUCCAGGACCAUUUACGCGAGCUUGCUAAGCAAUACCCAUACCUGAAGGAGGUUCGACGAUACGGAACAGAUGCCAAUGGUGAUCCUCUCUGGAGUGAGUGGUUUUACAACCCUGAAGAAGAUGAUGAUGAUGAACGUCGCCAGCGUUAUGCACCGAUUAUGCGUCCUGUGCGUUCUUCUCGUCGAGUUCACAAGCAAUAUUUUUGGAAAAAGCCUCGUUCGCGCGUACGCUCGUCUAAUAACUCCUCUAGAAAACGCCGUUUGGCAUAAGCCAAAUGUUUGCUGGCAAACAUUUUUGUCAUUAAUUAUUUUUCAAAUGUGUUAGGUACUUACGAUAAUUGGAUAAAUGUAGGUUUUUUGUUUCUUUUUAAUUUUUCAUUCCCUUUUUGAUAUAUUUCUUUUUCUUCAUAGAAAGUAAUAAUGAUUAAUGAAUUGUUGCAACGAUA